GCCCUCAGCCCGUUCAGUUGCCAAUCCAUCGCCAUGGCUGAUCCACGCAUUCACCACCUGUCCGUCCUCGGCCUGCUAAUUCUCGGCCUGAUCUUCGCCAUUUCGGGGGCGGAGGCCUCGCCACCCCAAGGCCGCAUCCUGGGCGGCGAGGAUGUCGAGCAGGGCGAGUACCCCUGGUCCGCCUCCAUUCGCUACAACAAGGCCCACGUCUGCUCCGGCUGCAUCAUCUCGCAGACCCGCAUCCUGACCGCCGCCCACUGCGUCUCCGAUGUGGGCGUCACUCCAGUGUCCAUCAGCGACUUGGCCGUGCGAGUGGGCACCAUUAACCAGUAUGCCGGCGGCAUCAUCGUGAACGUGAGAUCGGUCGUCAUUCAUCCCUCCUACGGCAACUUCCUGCACGACCUGGCCAUUCUGGAGGUCGAUCCCCUGACCUUCAGCGAUCGCAUCGCAGCCAUCGACCUGCCCAGCACCGAAGUGGAGGGCAGUGGCGAAACGGAAACGGAAACGGAGGAUGUGGACGCGGAGCUGCCCAACGGAACGCCCGUCUAUGUGGCCGGUUGGGGUGAACAGUCGGAUGGGACGGUGGCCUACAAGCAGCAGAAGUCCAACUUCAAUACGCUGAGCCGAUCGCUCUGCGAAUGGCAGGCGGGCUAUGGCUACGAGUCGGUGGUCUGCCUCUCGAGGGCCGAGAACGAGGGCAUUUGCCGCGGUGAUGCCGGUGCGGCGGUCAUCGAUGACCAGAAGGUGCUGCGCGGCGUGACCAGCUUCAAUUUCGGACCCUGCGGCAGCAAGUAUCCCGAUGUGGCCACCCGCAUCUCCUACUACCUCACCUGGAUCGAGGCCAACAGCCAAAGAAACCCCGAAAUGAUGCAGCAGAGAUCCCUGAUUUUGGCCCUCAUUUGCCUGACCCUCGUGGGCGUCUGCCACGCCCGCGGACGCAUUAUGGGCGGCGAGGAGGCGGACCCCACGGCCACGCCCUACGCCGCCUCCCUGCGCGUGGACAACGCCCACGUGUGCGGCGGCUGCAUUCUCUCCGAGACCAAGAUCCUGACCACCGCCCACUGUGUCCAUCGCGAGGGAAAUCUCAUCGAUGCCAGUCGCCUUUCGUGCCGAGUGGGCAGCACCAAUCAGUAUGCCGGCGGCAGGAUUGUGACCGUGGAAUCCGUAACCGUUCAUCCCGACUACUAUCAGCUGACCAACAACCUGGCCGUGAUCACGCUGAGCAGCCCGCUGGUCUACACGGAUCGCAUCAAGGCCAUUGCGGUGGCCGACGCGGGAGAGGCGCUGCCCGCCGAGGGUUCGGAGGUCGCGGUGGCCGGCUGGGGUCGCACCGCCGAGGGCACCACGUCCUACAAGAUCCGUGAAAUGUCGCUGACGGUGGCCCAGGAGUCCGCCUGCCAGGAUGCCUACAGCGAGCACAGCGAGCAGAGCUUCUGCCUGGCCCACGAACUCAAGGAGGGCACCUGCCACGGCGACGGAGGCAGUGGCGCCGUCUACGGGGACAAGCUAAUUGGUUUGACCAACUUUGUGGUCGGCGCCUGUGGAUCCCGCUACCCCGAUGUCUUCUCGGGGAAAUCUUUCGGGAAGUACAAUCUACCAGUCAUGUUACCUCUUUGGACCACUUUUCUACUGCUGCUCUGCACUGCCGGAGUUCUGGGCAAAAAAGGCAACGAUUCCGAUGUGGUGGAGCCCCGGAUUGUGGGCGGAACCCGGGCGAAGGAGGGUCAAUUUCCCCACCAGAUUUCCCUGCGCCGUCGCGGAGGUCACACUUGCGGUGGCUCCAUAUUGUCCAACGAUUAUGUGGUCACCGCGGCCCAUUGCGUGAAGCAGGGCAACGAUGUAGCCCCAGCCAACCAGCUGUCCAUCCAGGCGGGCAGCUUGCUCCUUUCAAGCGGAGGAGUCAACAUUCCAGUGGCCACUGUUACCGUGCAUCCGAAUUACAGGGGCAACGGCUACGAUGUGGCCGUGCUGCGGCUCUCCAGAUCCCUGACCUUCGACUCCAACAUCGCCGCCAUUCAGCUGGCCACCGAUGAUCCGCCCAACGAUGCCACCGUGGACAUCUCCGGCUGGGGAGCCAUCUCCCAAAAGGGACCGCUCUCGAAUUCGCUGCUCUACGUCCAGGUGAAGGCCCUGUCGCGGGACACCUGCCAGCGGAGGUACCUCCGAGGACUGCCGGAGACGACAAUGUGCCUGAUGCAUCCGGCGAACAAGGGCGCCUGCUACGGCGACUCCGGCGGACCGGCCACCUACGGAGGCAAACUGGUCGGCCUGGCCAGCUUCGUGAUCGGCGGCUGUGGACGAGAUGCCCCCGAUGGCUACGAGAGGGUCUCCCAGCUGAGGACUUGGAUCAGGGAGAAGGCCGGUUUGUAGGAUCCCAAAAACGUCCUUAUGCAAGUCAAUUGAAAAUUGGUGUUUCUUCUUGGUCCCUAACUAUUUCAAAAAUGAUCUACCAAUUUUUUCUUUGAUUUUCGCCUAAAAAUAACUAUUUUUUUUAUAUACCACGUGUAAUUUGUUUGCGAUUUAAAUUCAUUUUUAUAACGCAGCGAAGUACUAUAUUAUAUCGAGCACUUGAAAUAUUAAAUAAUAAAAAGCAGCACAGCAAAA